AAACUGCCUAUGCUGUAAAAAAUUUAGUGAUAAGCGGAAUCUUUAUUUGUAACUUUUGCUUAUGUUGUACCAGUUGUGCUUUCAGUGUACUCCAACGCAUGGCGUAUUGUUCAUUUAAUAUAUUAAUCUUCAUUGUCCAAAGGUUCAACACUGUAGUUUUCUGGUGAUAAGGGUGUAUGAUAAGUAAUUUAUAGUGUAGACGUUUUGCUUCAUCGUAAAUUAUCUGCAAAAAAUAUAAAAAUGGUAAAAAGUUCGUGAAAAUUAUUGAAAAAAUGUUUUCUUUUGUCUGUCAAACGUAAAAAUCGUUAAUGUUUUGCUGAUCCAUAUCCAUAGUCCAUAUCAGGGUAUUCCCAAAAAAUAAAACUCAUGGAGUCAUUACUGGAGUGCCCCGUCUGUUACGAAACCAUGAAGCCGCCAAUUCUUCAGUGUAUAAAAGGACAUAGUUUGUGUGGAAAUUGUUGUGAUCCCUCCAAAUUGACAAAGUGUCCGACAUGUCGUUCUGCUAUGUCUACAACUAGAAACUAUCAAUUGGAACAAAUAAUAAAACAAAUGAAAUUAGAUUCGAAAGUGAAAUGUCCAUUUGCCGAAGAGGGUUGUCAAUUUGUACUGAAAGCAUCCGAAAUGCUAGAGCAUAAAAAAGAGUGCAGAUACAGGAUGUUUGAAUGCGAAGGAAAAAAAUAUUGCGGCUGGAACUGCAAUUGGACAGGGCCGAUUGAUAAAAUAUGUGACCAUUUCAAAACUGAACACACUCUCUUAGAAUUCAAAGGGGCUUAUAAAAAAGAUUUGGAUCUAAAAGAAAAUACCAAACACGUAGCGGCGAUAGACUUUGGUAAAAGAUCGCACAUAUUUUGGAUGAAAAGCAAAGUUGACGUCGAGAAGGAAAAGUGCUUUUGGGUAUUUCAACGUAUCGGUUUGGAGAAACAGGCCGCUAAUUUUUAUUACGAAUUCGAACUUUGCGAUGGGCCAGUACGAAAAUUGAAAGUAUCAGAAUUUUGUGAGGGCGAUGUAAGAGAAGCCGAAGAUAUAUUCAAAUCAGAAAAGUGCGUCUCUAUACCUUUUAAUCUGAUAAAAAAUUAUAUAGACAAGAGCGGGAAAAUUAAUUUUCGAUACAGGAUAAUGAAAUACAACAGCGAGCAUCCAGUCGCUGCAUUACAAGAUAAAACCACAGGAAAUAUUAAGAAUGAGAGAGUGUAAUCAAAGUAAAACCAUUGUACUCUCUUCAACAAUUACCAUGUUUUCUUCUGUAUUAAUUAUCUUGAAUUUUUAUAAAAUUAAUGUAUUUUUAUAUAAUAAUUGCGUUUUUUCUUGCUUUUUUAUGUCGAUGAAACGAUAAACAUUUAUUAGCAUUUUUUAAAAAUAUAAUAUGAACAAAUAAUAAUGCAAAAACUGAAUAAAAGUAUACAUUUACUGCUGAAAAGUACUAAAACAAAAACAAAACUAUAAGUGUACCUGCUGAAUAGUAUUAUAAUAAUAUUGUAUCGAUU